AUGGAAGACGAACCACUGUUGCAGUCGAGAAGAAAUGUUCAACGGGAAAGUGUCACAUCAGAGGAUGUUCCAAAGAGAAACGUGGAGUCAAUUGAUCUCAUUGCAAAUCAUAACAUGAAAACGGACUUCACAUGGAAGCUAGCUUUGUCUAUGGCAGCUUGCACACUGGGGUCAUCAUUUCAGUUUGGAUACAACACUGGUAUUGUUAAUGCUCCAGAGAAGGUAUUGAAGCAGUUUUACAAUGAGACCUACUACAAUCGUACAGGGAAUAUUAUGAGCUGUGACGGUGAACACCCAUCCCACUGUAACAAGCUUCUGUUUCUAUGGUCGAUUACCGUGGCGCUGUACGCUAUUGGAGGAAUGAUUGGCGGGUUCUCUGCAGGAAACCUCGCGAACAGAUGGGGCCGAAAGAAGACACUGAUGUUAAACAAUAUUUUGAUGAUAGUAGCAGUGGCUGUGGAAUUUUCAUCCAAAUAUCUGAAGGCAUAUGAGGUUCUGAUUGUUGGCCGCUUACUGAUUGGUAUUAAUGCAGGUAUCAACACAGGAAUAGCACCGAUGUACUUGUCUGAGAUUUCCCCCAUUUCCCUACGUGGCCUGUGCGGGACAUUCAACCAGCUAUGUAUCACCCUCGGCGUUCUAGUCUCCACAAUUAUGGGCCUUGACUCUGUUCUUGGAACACCAGAUUUGUGGCAAUAUGCCUUUGCCUUCCCCCUGGUUCUGGUAGUCUGGCAGCUGGUGACUCUCUCGUUCUGUCCGGAGAGCCCUCGAUUUCUGUUCAUAACAAAACACUCUCAGGAAGAGGCACAUAAAGCGCUGGUGUGGUUGCGGGAUUCUGAAAAUGUUGAUGAUGAAAUUUCCGAGAUGAUUCAAGAAAGAGAAGCUGCCAAAGAUAUGACAAAGUUCACGAUUGGCGAUUUAUUCAACAGUGAGGAACUACGGAAGCCGCUGUUUAUCUGUAUUGUGAUGCAUCUGUCUCAACAGCUAUCUGGCAUUAAUGCUGUGAUCUACUACUCAACAAGUAUAUUUGAGUCUGCAGGGUUGUCUGAGAAAGGUGCCCAGUUCGCGACCUUAGCAACAGGGGCAGUUAACUCCUCCAUGACCUUUGUAUCAGCCCUCAUAAUGGAUAAGCUGGGCCGACGGACAUUACAUCUCACUGGGCUGGGAGGAAUGUUCAUCUUCAGUUAUAUACUCACUCUAGGACAGAUAUACGAGCAAUAUGACAAGCACACAUGGCUGGGUAUAAUAUGUGUGGUUGCUGUGAUAGGAUACAUUAUAUCAUUCGCAACAGGGCCAGGUGCAAUUCCAUGGUUUUUCACUGCGGAGCUGUUUUCCCAAGGUCCAAGAUCAGCAGCAGUCAGUAUCGGCGUUGUUGUUAACUGGGCGGCCAACGCUAUUGUUGGCAUAACAUAUCCAUUCCUUGAGAAAAAGAUCAAGGCAUAUUCCUUUGUACCGUUUGUGGUGCUACUGGCCAUUUUCUGGACGUACACAUUGCUCAAAGUUCCUGAAACUAAGGGGAGGAGGAUUGAGGAAAUUACAGCUAUGUUUCAGACCAAGCGACAUGUACGAUAUCGACAGAUACGGAGGAAUGACUCGGGUGAUGAGACGGAGUGAAAAUGAUGAUAGAUGUAUGGGUUUGACAUAGUAAACAUAUACUGUAUAUUUAUUGAAUUUUGGACCCAAUUUCUUCAAACAUUCUAGUAACUAAUAACAAAGUUAAGCUAAGAUCUCUAUAUUUGUUUGGUAUAAUUUAUGUUAUAAUUUCUUUUUUAGAGUUUUUGGACUUAUAAAUUUGGAAAAUAUCUUUAUGAUUAUCACCAUAUACUAUUUUUUAGUAACAUAUAGAUUAAGUAAGAUUAAAAAAGAAAUUUGGCUAAAGGAAAUAAGCUACUUAAGCUUAUUUUGUUUAAGAACUUUUGAGAAAUUUGGGCUGGGUGUUAGAAAGAAAUUUUCUCCCACCUCAGAUAAGUAGAUCCAUUAAUUUAACCAUGCUAGAAAUUCUUAUCUUGCCCACGGGCAAAGAUAAAAUGCCCGUAUGGAACUUCUUUAAUGGUCACCACAUUUUAAUUACCUCCCUUGUUGAAGACUGUCGUCUGUAGCGCAUCAUGGAAACCUUGUCUGGUGGCAAUAUUUAGAACGCGAGUUAAUUAUUUCUCGCUUCAAAUGUCACCAGAAAACAGUUUUUACGCACUUUUCAAGAAAUAAUGCUUCACUCUACUUAGAACUAUUUAAAGACCGAUCAGACCAUUUACAUACUCUGAAUCACUACGCGAAUAUCCAUGACAACCACGAAUUAUUGCAUAUCCGUACGUAUCACUAAGCACAAAAGAGUUCCGGCAAAAAAUUAAAUUUUUUACUUAAUUUUGUUUAACUGAGGUGGGAGAAAAAGCAUCUACCAUAGCCGCUCGUGUAAGAUAGGUUCAUCCUGGUAAACCUCGUUUCCGCAAAACACCCUACGCUCGGGUCGGAAUGAACCUAUCUUACACUCUCGGCCAUGGAAGAUACUUAUAAUCACACAGAGUGAUCACAAAAAGUAGUCUUUUCACAGGUUGUUGUGCUUGUGAAUAUAUAUUUUCUAUGAUCAGGGGUUGAUAAAUAAUAAUACUCAUAACCUAUUGGUUAAUUCUCAUUUAUCAGAUAUAGUUUGCUUUCAUGUUAUAAAUUAUUGGCUCAGGGGAUUUGAUUGUAAAUAUUAAAGCUGCACUCUCACAGCUUGACCGUUGUGACAUUUUUAAAAAAAAAAAAUGGUCUCUGAAUCAGCUGAUUUUGGCAUCAAUCCCAUCAAUUCAGUCAUAUCAGAUACUGGAAACUCAUAAUAGAACAAAUCUCAAUUGUUUGGUAAAUUGCCAAAUAUUUCAUUUCCCUGAAAAUUUUAGUAACGAGUUUUGCCAUUGAAAAAAUUCAAUUUUCGAAUGUAAAUUUGAAAAAUUUAUAUCUGAUCUUUUGUCAGAAGUCUUAUAUCACUGGUUUUUAGACAUUUUACAGUACAAAAAUAUUUGCUCAUUCCAAGACAAAAAAAUGUUGUCAAAUGUCAAUCUAUGAGAGUGCAGCUUUAAAAGUUUGCAUUUAUCUUUGUAUUUUUUUUAUGUUAUUGUACAUAUUUUGAUGGUCAUGAUUGAAUUUGCAUAAGAUCAUGUGAUAAAAACAUUAAACCAGUAACUUUUAGGUGGUAACUCCUCUUGGAAAAAUGCAUAUCAUAUCUUUAACAUGUUUGCACCAUUUGUCACAAUUUUAUUUAUUUUUUUUGAUAACAAAAUUUAUAUUUAUAAUUUGUAUUGUUUAUGUCCUAUGUGAAUGCAGUAGGGCACACGAGGAAAUAUUCCAUGAAACAUGAUAGCAUUUCUUGGUCAUAUGCUUGCUUGCCCUACAGGGUUCAUACAGUUUAAAUGCUAUCAAUAAUUAUAUUUUAAUACAUUUUAAAUAAUUUUUCAUUACAAUUAAAAAUGAGCCAUCAUCUUCUUCAGUUGAGUAUUUGUUCUAAAAGAAAUGUAACCAAUAACACACGUUUGUAUAAAUGAAAUUUUAAUGAAUAGCUGACUUUUGUUACGCCAUAUAUCAUUCGUUAUGUGACCUCACGCUAUUAAAUCCAAUCAGAGUGCAAUAUUGAAACAAACAAUGACAUCAUAUCUUCUUACAUGUUAUACAAUAUAAAAGUAAACUUUCACCUAUAAAAAGGACAAGGUAAAUGUAAAUAUUUAGAAAUGAAUACUGAUAAUACCUCUACUCGUGCAUAUAUUUUCCAGCUUUGCUUUGUUUUAUGUAUUUUACUUGGUGACUAGUAUACACCUGCAUAUUUUGGGAGGGUGCAAUUGCUGUGAUAUCAAUAUAUUUGUUUAUUUAUAUACAUAUAACAUUAUAUAGGUAGUAUGAUAACUUUGUUUAUAAAAAAUAAACACACAAAAAAUCAG